CAACGAACGUUUCCACCCACAAUGAAAACAAAACGUGCAACCGGCCAACGAAAUGCCGCCAAAGUCGAGCAGCAAGAAAAACCAGGUUACCUGGUACCACUGCGAGUCCUGCGGUGCCCACAUUCCCUCGAAAGCGAGAGAGAACCACGAGGGCUUGUGCUCCGCCAUCAGCCAGGACGAUGUUGGCCAGGAUUCCGAGGCGGAGUACGUCCGGAGUGGGGCAAUCUAUACGAGAAGUCUUCAGCAGCGAAACUUUGAGGUGGAAUCCCUGAAGGAACUGCCCGCCAAGUAUGCCAAUAUGCUAGUCUUCGUAUCCGAAGGUGCGAUGCAAUUGGCACAACUGCACAUUGGGCAACAUGUGGUGAUGGAAGCUCCUUCAUCGUCGGAGCAGCCGCUGGUUAGGAUUGUAUGGCCCACAUCAGAGCAAUUCCUCACCACAGUAUUUGUGAGCGAAGGGGAUUUCAAACUCCAUUGCACGCAACUAAGAGGAAAGCUACUAAAGAUCUCUGCGCUGCAUCCCAGUCGCCUCACUGCGGCUGCUAGCAUUUCGCUGAAGCAUAUAAACAGCACAGAGACUUCCCUGAAGUUAGGACAACUACAGGACGCCGUUGCCCUUCUCAAAAGAGACAUGGUCAAUAGGGUAUUCUGCAAGGACAGUCUGAUACACAUGAAUUUCUUUAACAAAUCGCUGACUUUUCGCCUGGAGCGAUGGCAGAGCACUGUGGAAGAGGCUCUUGCAGGUCUCAGCCUAGAUUCCAAGCCCUUGCAGUUCAUCCAGGUUACCAACGUUACCAAACUCCAACUAAUAGCUGAAAAUGCAAAUCAGCAGCAGGAAGAGCAGAAGAAAAGUCACAGAAUCACCAAAUCCAAAAUAGGCGGGCUGGAUAGGCAAUUGCAACUGGUGGAGGAGAGCAUGGAGUACGCUUUGGGCUUCCGAACGUUGCCUGCAGGCCUCAGGGUUUCCCGUGGACUGCUUCUGUACGGCGCCACUGGCUGUGGCAAGUCCAUGGUUCUGGAAGCCAUGUGUGCUGUGGCAGAGGAACGCAGUCAAGUACAUGUCCAGCUGAUACGCAUCAACAGCGGCGAAGUCUACAGCAAAUUUCUGGGCGAAACGGAACAGAAACUGGGUGCUAUUUUUGAGCGUGCCUACAAUCACUUUCCGCAUCCAACGUUGCUGCUGAUUGAGGAUGUCCACAACUUGUGUCCCAAGCAGGAAAGCAGCGAUCUUGUCAAGCGAGUCUCAUUGGCGUUUUUGUCCCUGCUGGAUCAGCUAAGUAAUCCUAGCCAGCUAAAGGGAAGCAAAACUUUUGUCCUGGCUACAAGUUCACAGAUCGAUGCCCUGCAUCCGAGCAUUCGGCGAGCUGGUCGAUUGGACACUGAAGUGGAGUUGGGUGCUCCCAGCUCUCAGGCAAGGUUGGAAAUUCUCGGAUGCCUCAUGCAGUCGAUGGAGCAUCAGCUGAGUGCUGAGGAAGUGGGGCACGUUGCAUCUAUUACCCAUGGCUACGUGGGUGCAGAUUUGGCAAAUCUCGUUUAUGCUGCCAUGCUACAGGCGCAACCUAAUCCUCUACAGAUGCUGCAUCUACAAGCUGCUUUGACCCGCAUUAAACCAUCGGCGAUGCGGGAGGUGCUCAUCGAAUCACCCAAUGUGCGGUGGUCAGACAUUGGCGGUCAAGCCGAGCUCCGUUUGGCGAUGCAGCAGGCCAUCGAGUGGCCUCUGCUGCAUGCGGAUAAGUUCCAACGCCUGGGUAUCAAGCCCCCAAGGGGUAUCCUCAUGUUUGGGCCGCCAGGCUGCUCAAAAACCAUGAUUGCCAAGGCCCUAGCCACCGAAAGCAAGCUUAAUUUUCUGUCCAUCAAGGGACCAGAGCUCUUUUCCAUGUGGGUGGGCGAAUCGGAGCGAGCGGUGCGUGAGGUCUUCCGAAAAGCUCGCCAGGUGGCACCCGCCAUAGUUUUCUUCGACGAAAUAGACGCCAUCGGUGGUGAGCGUUCGGAGGGCGAGGGUUCCGGCUCUGGUGCCUCCGUAAAAGAGCGUGUUCUCACCCAACUGCUCACCGAACUGGACGGCGUGGAGACCCUGCAAAAUGUCACCAUAGUGGCUGCCACCAAUCGUCCAGAUAUGAUCGAUAAGGCGCUGCUUCGUCCAGGCAGAAUUGACCGAAUUCUCUACGUAGGCCUACCCCAAUGCGAAGCACGCAGGGAAAUAUUAAGGAUCAAACUGCGUGCCAUGCCGACAUCGAACGAUGUGGACAUGGAAAGGUUGGUGCAGCUGACGGAGGGAUAUUCCGGAGCAGAAAUACAAGCCGUGUGCCAUGAGGCUGCCCUGAGAGCCCUGGAGCAAAGCUUCGAAGCGGAGGACGUUAAGUGGACGGACUUCGAGCACGCCUUGAAGGCGGUACCUCCGCGAACUAGCCCUGAAUUGCUAAAACUCUAUGAAGAGUACCUCAAACGAAAGUAGU